AUGAAAAAUCAUUAAAAGCUGCUAAAUGACUAUUCGCCAUUCAAAGGCAAUAAACUUGAUCCUCUCGUUACAAAGACUUUGCAAUAAAAGAGAUACUAAAUAACUCUACACACUAGGAAUAGCAUUUUAAACCUUGAUGGAAACGCCAACUCUAUCAGUAGUAUUUAGAGUCCGGAUAUCUCACUCCCAGAUAUUAAUGAUAGAACCUCAACAACUAUUGAUGAAAUUGAUACUUAAGCUAAUUUAACCGUGGAUUAUCCAAACGAUUAUGAAAUAGAUAAUUUAAAUAUUGGCUUGCUAGAUUUGAAAUUAAAUAGAUCUGUAGAUUACACUACUACUAAUAAGAAAUUGUAAAAUUAAAGAGAAAAAAUAUCAAGAAAUUAAUCUUCAAUUUCAAAGCUUGAUGUUUAAGUUAAGCAGAGCAUAAAUAUAGACCUUGAUAAAUUAGUUAGAUAAAAUUUCAUUGUAAAGAAGAGUAAUCAAAGAGGCGGAGGAGGCAUCACCACAAGUUUAUCAAAGCAUAAUUUAGAAAAUAGAAGAUAUGUUCUCACAAAAGAUGAUCUUAUUUCUGAUUACAUAGAAAAAUCAAGGUAUAGCAGUGGCUUAGAUAAAAUUUACAAGACAACUGCAAGCAAUUAUUGA